AUGGCAAAAACUUUGGAAAGAGAAGAACCACAUUAUUUUGGGGCUGGGCCAGCGCUACUGCCUACUUCAGUAUUGCAAGAGGCUGCCUAUGACUUGGUCAACUACCAGGGUGUUGGUAUAGGUAUUGGUGAAAUUUCUCAUCGUUCUAAGCAAGCUAGUGAAGUCAUUGAUAACACGAAGGCCAAUCUAGUUAGUUUGUUGAACAUCCCUGAUACACAUGAGGUUUUUUUCUUACAAGGGGGAGGAACAACAGGAUUUUCUUCUAUUGCUUCCAACUUGACUGCCUCCUUUGUUAAGAAAACUGGAAGGAAGGGCCGUGCUGCUUAUGCAAUCACUGGAACUUGGUCUAAGAAAUCUGUUGAAGAAGCCCAGCGUUUGGGUUUGGACGUUGACAUUGUUUUGGAUAGUAAAAAAGUUGAUGGAAAAUUUGGAUCCAUACCCCCAGUUGACAAAUGGAGCAUCCCCACUGAUCUAUCAAACACUUCUUAUGUGUAUUAUUGUGAUAAUGAAACUGUGAACGGUGUUGAGUUCAAGGAGUUCCCAUUUGAAAGUUUUCCUGGUGUUGAAGUAGUUGCAGAUAUGUCAUCCAACAUCUUAUCAAAGAGGCUGGAUGUCAGUAAAUAUGGAUUGAUAAUGGCCGGUGCUCAAAAAAAUAUUGGAUUAGCUGGAAUCACGAUCUAUAUUAUCAAAAAGUCGUUGCUUGAGCAAGCUGAUGAUGCCACUUUGAAAGCUCUUGAAGUGCCUCUUUCACCAAUUGCGGUUCAUUAUCCUACAGUAGUCAAGAACAACUCCGCUUACAACACAAUUCCCAUUUUCGCAGUUCAUGUCGUCAAUUUGGUCCUCAGGCUAUUAGUAAAGAACGGUGGUGUCGAUGCCCAACAGAAGAUAAACGAGGAGAAGGCUUCCAUAUUGUAUGGUGCGUUGGAGAAGUUCCCACAAGUUUAUGAGUUGCCUGCUUCCACCGAUGCUCGUUCUCAUAUGAAUGUGGUUUUCACAUUGAAUGGUGACUUGGAUGCUGAAUUCUUAGCCCAAGCUGCAGAAAGGAAGCUAAAUGGAUUGAAGGGUCACCGCUCGGUUGGUGGAAUGAGAGCCUCCAUUUACAAUGCUGUUUCCUUGCACAGUGUCCAAGAGUUAACGAAAUUCAUCAUCGAAUUUGCUGAAGCUCAUUCUUGA